UUUUAACUAGGCACACCAUAACCACUCCCUCUCGAACAAAAUAUAAUUUGAAGAUAUGCCAAAUACAGAACAUUUUCUGAAAGUCCAAAGAUAGAGAGAGAUAUACUAUCAUAAAAGCCUAUUGAUCAGGUAAUUUUUUUACAUAAAAAUGGGAGAAACUAGAAAUGGGUCGUUGUUAAUCUCGGAUUUCGUGCUCUCAUUUAUGUGGGUAUGUUCUGGUGUUCUUGUGAAAAUCUUUGUCUUCCAUUUUUUGGGAUUUCAACAUAAUUUUAUUGGAGAAAUUGUGAAGCUGUGUUUCUCUGUCCUCAAUUUAUUCUUCUUCGCUUAUUUGGCUAAAUUUGCGAGAGGUGCUACUUAUAAUCCUCUUAAUAUAUUGGCUGGCGCUAUUUCUGGGGGUUUUAGUCGAUUUUUGUUUAUCAUUGGUGCAAGAAUUCCUGCUCAGGUGCUUGGAGCCAUUUAUGGGGUUAAGUUCUUAAUUCUUAUGUUUCCUGAAAUUGGCAAGGGACCAACACUGAAUGUCAACAUCCAUCAAGGCGCGUUGACCGAGGGAGUCCUAACCUUUAUGAUUGUUUUCAUCUCUUUGUCAUUAGCAAGAAGCAUUCCUGGGAGUUUCGUGAGGAAAACCUGGAUUUCUAGCCUUUCGAAACUUACACUCCAUGUUCUUGGUUCCGACUUAACUGGUGGAUGCAUGAACCCGGCAUCUGUGAUGGGAUGGGCUUAUGCUCGUGGUGACUACAUAACUAAGGAGCACAUUUUUGUUUAUUGGCUUGCUCCAAUUGAGGCAACCUUAUUGGCUGUAUGGAUCUUCAAGGUGUUGUUUCCGAAAGCAAUAGAAGAGUUGGACACAAAGCCAAAAUCAGAAUGAUUUUUGAACAAUCUUGACAUUUUUUUUUCUUCCCCUUUUCUCUUGUGUGUGUAUUUUGUUCCUUGCACAGGUAGAUAUGAAGAUAGAAAAUUAUAGAAAUUGUUAAAUACUUAGUAGCAUGGAUGGGAACAUUUCCCUUUUGUAUCUCUUCCACGGUUCCACCAAAACUAGCUGUAAAUUUAUUUUGAGUAUAUUAAUGCAAGAAAGUAGCUUGCAAUUGGAUCUUCAUCUGUUCCCCAUCUACUGAUUCUGGUGUGGAUCUCAAACUUAAUGACGUUACAAAUUAACCCUCUCAAAUCCAAUUAAGGAGCUUUCGCUGCUUAUCAGAAGCCUGUCAUCUUCUGCUGACUUAGCUUCAUUUUAUCUGCUGUGUAACCUAGAAUUGUGCAGAAUUGUUGCUCAUAUAUUGUGUUGAUUGUUUUUUAGUA